GAGACACCGCUCAAGCGUCCUCGCUAGUUUCUGCAUCCCGCCUGCUUCGCUAGUGCUCCGAGCUCCUCCUGGCCCUUUGCCUUGCAAUCGGCCAGCGAGGCAGGCGGGGGCUAGGGGGCGCUUGGCCGCUGCCUCCUCCCCCUUUGAGCUCAGUUCCUGCAUCGGGAGAAGAGCUCCGCUUGUCUGGAAGUCCGGCGCCAGACGCCCGUUCGCCCGCCCGCCUGCCGACUCCCCGAGUUCUCCCCAGCUGCCAGCAUGUCUUCCAACUCCAGCCUCAACACCAUGCAGCGCCUGGUGGAACAGCUGAAACUGGAGGCCGGCGUGGAAAGGAUCCGGGUUUCCCAGGCAGCUGCAGAGCUUCAGCAGUACUGUAUGCAGAAUGCCUGCAAAGAUGCGUUGCUGGUUGGAGUCCCUGCGGGAAGCAAUCCGUUUCGGGAGCCCAGGUCCUGUGCAUUGCUCUGAAGACAGGCAAGGUUAAAUUCUCUUCAAGCAUGAGAGGAAUCCCGGCCGCCUUCCUGGUUUCAGCAAACAUUUUCUCUCUUGCUAUGCCUGUAUUUUUGUGUGGCCAAAAUGGUGUCUUUAGAUAUUUGUUAGUAUGACUGAUCAUUCUUAGUAACUGAUAUUUCACUAAUAAUUGUAUAAAGCAUUUAAUAAGAAAAAUACUUUCCUUUUGUAAUGGAGUCCACUUCUUUUUUCCACAUUUCUCUGAGAUGUUUACAUUUUAGAAAAAGGUAAUUAUCAAAUCAAAAUGACUUGUUCCUUUGUUUUGUUGUGCCUGAGUGAGAUGCUCAUUAGCUACCUUCCUGGUUUCUGUCUUCUAAGUAAGGAUGCGCACUGUGGUCAUGAUUCAGCUAAAGUGAUGCCUUGCACACAUUUAUUUAGGAAUACGCCCCACAAAACUCAGUGGGACAUUUUUCUGAAUAAAAAUGCAUAAGAUCGGGUUGCACGUCCCAUUGAUUUCAGUGGGAAAUCUUGAAGUACAUUCUAAACUUUUUUUAAAAAAUCAAGUGCUUGAUUUAAAAGUGUUUUAACUUUAGCUGGACUGUGCCCAGUUUUUGUAAGAGGACCGUGCCUAUCUAUGUCUUAUGGAAGGACUAUUUUUCUUCAUAAAAAUAUGAGGUUUUGCUAUUCUUAAAAUCUGUGGGUGACAAUGUACAGAAAUAGCUGAUACCAUCUGUAAUACAUGUUUGCCACGGACGAUCCAGUGUAUUUUUUAUUAUGCUCCUACAGAAGACUGUUUUUAAAGUGUCUAACGUGCAGCUCGGUGAAUAAACACUACGCAAGACAAAUGCAAGCGGUUCCAUACAGUAGAUUUUUCAAGGUUUAAAAUGUUAUUGAAGCCUCUAGAAGUCUCUUUGAGUUUGGGGGUCGGGUGCCUUUGUUUUUCUUUUUUUUUUUUUUACUGAGCACUUUUACGCAAACACUGUUUACUUUUUGAAAAUGUUUUGUUUACACGCCAUUGUUUGUAUUAAUAUAUUAGAAGCUUAAAUGAAAUAAAAAAUUCCUU